UGUUUAUGGGAAGAGUGAGGAUGGGAAUGAAUUCAACGAUGCCAUUCGCAAACUCUUCCUGUCCUUCAACAUCCUCAUGGACCGGCCUCUGGAGGAGGCUGUGAAGAUCAAGGGGGCAGCUCUGAAGUAUUUGCCAAGCAUCAUAAAUGAUGUCAAACUGGUGUUCGACCCCGUUGAGCUCAGUGUUCUCUUCAGCAAGUUUAUCCAGAGCAUUCCUGACAACCAGCUCGUCCGCCAGAAGCUGAACUGCCUGACCAAGAUCGUGGAGAGUGACCUGUUCAGACAGGCUGAGUGCAGAGAUGCCCUUCUGCCCCUGCUGAUCGACCAGCUGAGUGGGCAGCUGGAUGACAAUUCCCACAAGCCUGACCACGAGGCCAGUUCCCAGCUGCUGAGCAGCGUUCUGGAAGUGCUGGACAGGAAAGAUGUGGGCCCCACAGCUCUGCACAUCCAGCUGAUCAUGGAGCGCCUGCUGAGGAGGAUCAACCGCACGGUGAUCGGGAUGAGCCGCCAGUCCCCUCACAUC